AUGAAGAACAAGGCUUCAGUUUUCUUGAAGCAGAUCAUCACCUUGCUGAGCUCCAUAGCCAAAGCCAAGACAAUGGCGAUCAAGAACAAAACCAGUGCGGCCAAGGCUCGCCUCAUAAUGUUCUCUUUGGUCAAGAACAAGAAGGUCUUGAUGGACACAGUCUCCCACAAGAUUCAUAACCUCCUCGGCCACCACGACAAGGACAGCAACCAAGGCGACGACGACCGGGCCAUUGUGCUCUACGCCAACCAGUACUCGCAUGCCGCUGGCUCGAGCCGCCUGCACACCAUUGAAGACGAGGAGGAGGAUGACAAUGACAAGUACCCCGAUCUGAGGCACUGCCUCUUCGACGAGGACGAAAACUUUGAUGACAUCAAGGCUGGUGGGUCUGUGGUUGAUAUUGUCAAGAAUUCAAGAGUGCAAGGACAGGAUUUCAAGCUGGAAGAUGAGAUAGAUCAAGUUGCGGACUUGUUCAUCACGAGGUUUCAUAAACAGAUCCGCUUGCAGAAGCUUGAGUCCUUCAAGAGGUACAAAGACAUGCUCGAGAGAAGCACCUAG